AUGUCAACUAUUAAUAAACCUAAAAUAUUAACAGUUGGAACUGGUGCUGUUGGUGCGAUUUACUCUUGGAGACUUUCAAAAUCUUGUCAUCUCACCACCGUCUGUCGUUCUAAUUAUGAAACUGUCAAAAAAGAAGGUUUUGAGAUUGAUUCUGCCAAGUUUGGAAAAGAAAUAUUUCGACCCGAUAAUGUUGUUCAAACUGUGUCUGAAGCGAUUACUCCUGAAAUUCCAUAUUAUGAUUACAUUCUUGUUACAUUAAAGGCAUUACCGGAAUGUUAUGAUGUAGCAGAUAUUAUUGCACCUGCUGUUACCUCAGAAAAAACAACGAUUGUUCUCAUACAAAACGGUCUCGGCGUGGAGGAGCCUAUUGUUCGUCAAUUCCCUAAUAAUCCUUUGAUUUCUAUUGUAGCCUACAUAGGCACCUCACAGACAAGACCUGGGAAAAUUCUCAUGGUUGGUAACGAAUCUUUAAUUAUAGGUCCUUAUUUGCAAGCUAAAACGAAUUCUGAUGUGGAACGUGCUGAUUUUAUCGAGAUUUUAAAAGAGGGAGACGUUGAUGUUCAGCUAGUGGAUGAUGUUGAACGUGUACGUUGGCAAAAAUUAUUCUGGAAUGCGGCUUUCUCGCCUGUAUGUGCUUUAACAGGUAUGAAUACAACUCAGCUUUUAGCCAACAAGGAGGCCAUGCGUGUUGUCAAACUAGUCAUGAAGGAAGUCAUUGAAUCAGCAAAUGCAUACGGAUAUGGAUUUAAUCCCGAAGAACAAAUACAUAAUAUGAUUACUAGAACUGAAACAACUGCAAAGAAUUAUAAGCCAUCCAUGCAAUUAGACAAGGAACGUUCGAGUCCUAUGGAGAUUGAGGUUAUUCUUGGUGUACCACUCAAAAGAGCAAAGGCAAAAGGCUUACAGGUUCCAAAUUUGGAACUUAUGCAUUCUCUUUGCAGUGCAACGAAUGCACUUAUUAUGUGUAAUUCAGUAUAG